AUGUUGAAUUCCAAAAAUAUAAAAGAAGUGUUAGAAUCCACUUUGGAUUCAAUUGCUAUUCCAUUGAUUUCAUAUGAAUCAAAUAAAUUACAAUCGUCUGCGUUAGUAUCUGGCACAACAGGUUCUGUUUUAUCGUUCGCCAUGUCUAACACUGAUGAGAAUGGAUUUGGCUCGUCAGAUGCUCAUUCGGUGAAUAAUGUAAAAGUGAUGAGUCUUUUGGUUAAAGAAAAAUGGGUUGAUGAUGAAAAUACCCCGUCGGAGCAAACAACAACGAGUUGUUACACGUAUGAGAUACCAAAGGCAGCCACUCAAGGGUUUGGGAUGGAUUCAGAUACAACUGAACCUCUAAUUACAAGAGUAUACAUAUAUGAAUUAGAACGAUUGCGUGCAUGUGUCGCGCAAUUACCAAAGAGCGAUAUCCUAUUAUUGUUUAUAGCUAGCAACGAGUAUCCAUAUGGAUUGCUAGUGAAAAAAAUGAAAGCAUCGAUACUCUCAUUUAGGAGUCUAUUUGAAUAUAAAUUAGAAUAA